UCUUCUGCGCCUGUGUGUGUCUCUUGUUCUCUGUCCAUCUUCUCCAAAGUUGGGCCAGUGUCGGGUCCUGUUGGCGCUCUGGUAGCAUCGCUGACAUGGAGGGACUGCUCUCCUUCAGGGAUGUGGCUAUUGAUUUCUCUGAAGAGGAGUGUGAAUGCUUGGACUCUGCUCAGUGGAAUCUCUACAGGGAUGUGAUGUUGGAGAAUUACAGCAACCUUGUGUUCCUGGGUCUUGCUUUCUCUAAGCCGCACUUGGUCACAUUUCUCGAGCAAAGAAAAGGACCCUGGAAUGGGAAGGAGCCAGCCACGGUAGCAGCAUACCCAGGAAUAAAACCUUAUAAAUCUAAAGAAUGUGGCAAGACCUUUCCUUGUAACUCUAAAGAAUGUGGCAAGACCUUUCCUUGGAACUCACUUCUUAUUCAGCACCAUAAAAUUCAUCCUGGAGCAAAACUUUACAGAUGUGAUAAAUGCGGCAAGUCCUUUAAUGUUCGAUCAACACUGUAUAAACACCACAGAACUCACACUGGAGAGAAACCCUACAAAUGUAAAGACUGUGGCAAGGGUUUUACAUGUUCUUCAAGCCUUAACCAACACCACAGAAUUCACACUGGGGAGAAACCCUACAAAUGUGAAUGUGGCAAAGCCUUUAAUAAUUCUUCGGCUCUUACUCAGCACCAAAGAAUUCAUACAGGAGAGAGACCAUACAAGUGUGAAGAAUGUGGCAAGGCCUUUAACAACUGCUCGGCCCGUACACGGCACCAAAGAAUCCACACUGGAGAAAGGCCCUACAAGUGUGCACAAUGUGGCAAGACCUUUAAUUUUCCCACAUCACUUUCUCAGCACCAGAGAAUUCACACUGGAGAGAAACCCUACAAAUGUGAAGAAUGUGGCAAGGCCUUCAACUGUUCUUCACAUCUCAAACAACACCGAAUUAUUCACACUGGAAAGAAACCCUACAAAUGUAAAGAAUGUACCAAAGCCUUUAACUGUUCUUCAAGUCUUAACCAACACCGGAGAAUUCACACUGGGGAGAAACGCUACGUAUGUGAGGAAUGUGGCAAGGCCUUUAAUAACUGUUCAGCUCUUACUCAGCACCAAAGAAUUCAUAGUGGAGAGAAGCCCUACAAAUGUGAAGAGUGCGGCAAGGCCUUUUAUAAUUGCUCAGCCCUUUCUCGGCACCAAAAAAUCCACACUGGAGAAAAACCCUACAAAUGUGCAGAUUGUGGUAAGGCUUUUAUUUUUCGCUCAUCGCUCUCUCAGCACCAGAGAAUUCACACUGGAGAGAAACCCUACAAAUGCAAAGAGUGUGGCAAGGCCUUCAACUGCUCAUCUCACCUUAACCAGCAUGGAAGAAUUCACAGUGGAGAGAAACCUUACAAAUGUGCAGAGUGUGGCCAGACGUUCAUCUGUUCUUCAUAUCUACAUAAGCAUCAGAAGAUUCAUGCUAUUGAGAAACUCUAUGAAUGCAAAGAAUGUGGAAAAACCUUUAGCUGUUCGUCAUACCUUAAGUAUCAUCAGAGAUUCCAUACUGGGGGGAAAUCCUACACAUGCAAAGAAUGUGACAAAACCUUUAGGUCAUCUUCGUAUCUUAGAAAUCAUCAGAGAUUUCAUACUGGAGAGAAGCCCUACACAUGCAAAGAAUGUGGCAAAGCCUUUGUUAACUCUUCAAGCCUUCUUGUACAUCAAAGAAUUCACACUGGAGAGAAACCAUACAAAUGCAAAGAAUGUGGCAAGGCCUUUAGAUGCUCAUCAUAUUUUAAGUAUCAUCAGAGACUUCACACUGGAGAGAAACCCUACACAUGCAAAGAAUGUGGGAAAGGCUUUGCUAAAUCUUCAUGUCUUAUUUUACACCAAAGAACGCAUAGUGGGGAAAAGCCCUACAAGUGUGAGGAGUGUGGCCAGGCAUUUAUCUGUUCUUCAUACCUGAGGAAGCAUCAGAGAAUCCACACUGGUGAGAAGCCAUACGCAUGUGAAGACUGUGGCAAGGCCUUUAGCAUUUAUUCAACCUUCGCUCAACACCAGAGAAUUCAUACUGGAGAGAAACCGUAUAAAUGCAGGGAAUGUGAGAAAGCAUUUAAUAAUCAUUCAGCCCUAAUUAAACAUCAAAGAAUUCAUACUGGGGAGAAACCCUAUGCAUGCAAGGAAUGUGGUAAAGCCUUUAAUAACAGUUCAAGCCUUAUUCGACAUCAACGAAUUCAUAUUGGAAUUGAAACCCUUGAAAUUCAAGGAAUUUGGCAAGGCUUUUAGUAACAAUUCAGUGCUUAGCUCCAAAAACUCAUGCUAGUGAGAAACUGGAAAUGAAAAAAGAUGACUAACUCAUAAGUGUUUUAUACAUAUACAGUGUAAAAAGUCAUGUGUGAAAGAAGUCUACAAUUCAAAUAGUGUUAGAAUUCUCAUAACUUCUUCAUGUCUUAUUGAUAGAGAGAAUUUGUACUGUGGAAGCCUGACCAUGUAAAUAAUGUGUCCCUCCUCCCUACUGACCGCUCCGUCCUCAUCAGGGGCCUCAUGCUUCAUAGAGAUCUUCUGUUUGUUGACUGGAAGGGACUCUGUCCAGUAUGUGUGGGCAAACUGAUUAUUCUGGAAGGCAUGUAAACAUAGAUUGUAGUAAAGUUCAUACCUCAGAUCUUAACAGAUCUGAGAGUACAGGUGGCAAAUCUCGGAAAUCCAUGGAAUGAUAUAAAAAUGAAGUAAAUAUUGCUUUUAAGUUAUGGGACAUUGUUUGAUGUGAUAGAGAUAAAUCAUCAUAGACAUCAGAAUCAUACACACAACUCAGUAAGGAUAUGAAUCUAUUAAUAAAACAUUAGUUACUAUGUAAAUUUACAUAGUCAUGUUUGAAAACAGAAGUUAACACAAUUCUCAGACUGUCAAAAGAACAAGACUCGUUCCUAAUUGAUUUUAGUAGUAGAUAUAAAAUAAAGGUUGUGUGUAAAACUUGCAUCUUUAAAUAAUUUAAAUGGCUCAUAAUGCAGUGUAUAUGUUUUUAUUGGGUAACAUUAUUCAAUCAUAGACACUAAAAUAUUCCACCUUAUUAAAGGAGGUAGAUGACAUGUUUUAAAUGAUACUGCUGAGAAUUAUUUAAAUAAGUGAUCAUUGUAUCCCAGUUGCCAGUAUCUAUCAAAAUAUUUGGAGGAUAUUUUUCCAAUAUGUUACAUAUUUGUUCAUCCCUUAUUUGUGGUAACUAGGUAUUAAGUAAUUUGAGGUGGGCACUUGUGCCCUAGCUUUCUGAAUCUUGAAUUAUAUUGCUAUUUAUCAGUUUUAACUGAAUGCAUAUAUAUAUUUGAGAAUGGUAGCAUGGCUGUUGGCUAUAUAGACAUUGUGUGUAUGUGUGUGGUGUGUGUGUGUAUGCACCACUCUUUGGCCUAUAAAACCCACUCAAAUUUUUCUAUUUACCUCAGUGUCUGAAAUAUCCUACUUUUACAACCAGAUAACCAUUAGAGAACAUUUGAAGGAGCCUGUGUAUGUUCAUGCUUGUAACGGUACCUGGCCCGACUGGCAGGAGCUGAUAUAUUCUCACAGAAACACUGUCCUCUACUUUGUCCUUCAAGCUAUUGCUACAGUAGCCCUCAAGAAAAUAGAAUUUCUCUGAGAUCCUGCUGGGAGAAGAAAAAUCUCUGGAGCAUCCAUAGAAGGGUCGUGUCUUUCGGAGAAAGACUUAGUUUAUAUAAUAGAUUUGCUAGAAAAACUAAUCUUGAAGGAGAAACAUGGGGCUUUGACUGUGGUGGGCAGUAAACCACACCUUGGUUGGACUGCUUAGUUGUGUGUCCCUUUUGACUUUUAUUUAUGUAUUUUAUUAUAUUUUAUAUUUAUUAUAUAUUACAUGUAAUAUAUUAUUAUAUUUAUCUAUAUAAUACCCUCACAUUGUGUUAGGAUUCUGAAGAUGAACUGGCAAGUUAUUGUAUCUCUUUUUCCCUUUUCCCAGUGUGGUUACAUUGAAUAAACCUGUUUUUUAUUGUUCAGUUUUUAA